GAGGUCGACGACGCAUCCGUGUUAUAUGGGAAUUUCAUAAGGUGUUCGCGCGCGCGUGCAUUUGCGUUAUUGUGUCCAUAAUAAUAACGACGCGCGCGCCGCGAUAAAAAUCAGAACACACAGCUCUACUCUCGCGUGUCGCGAUGUAUAUUUUCAAUUUGCGUCACUAUACUCUGGAUAUUCAACUUUUAUAAUUGUGAAUUUUCACAUAUCUACGGAUUAUUAUACGAUCUUGGCGCACUGUAAACGAGCAAAUAGACUCCACGCUCCGUUGAUUUUUUAUCCCGGCAAUAAUAGAUAAUGAUCGUGUGCUGUGCCGUUCUGUGCUGCGUGCGAGUAGUUGCUUGACGUAUGUACGCGAUGUUUAACUUUUUUCCAGUAAUUUUGUGGAACGCCCAUUAAUGAUUGAUUGAUGCUCGCUAGAUGCAUAAAAAUUUUUAUUUAAUGUUAGUUCAAUGAGACGGUAACGAGAGCUGUGGUUCACCGUCAAAACUCUACGCGCGUGUGUUGUUCGUCGAGAGCUCCAUGAAAAAAAAAGUUUCUAUUAUUGUGCACUGAACUCGAACCUCGUUUUCCAUUAAGUUAUUUCAGAUUAGCAUCUCUAUAAAAAUAAUCGAAGAAUAAAAAAAAAAGAGAUUAAAAACAUGGAUACGCGACCGAAGUUUAUCGAGGUACAGGAGGGAGCUUUCGCCCCAUCGGAGAGGUGGCGUAUAUUGAAAAAUAUCCUGAUGAUCAGCAUAGCCUUUAUGAUUCACUUUACGGCCUUCAUGGGCGCGAGCAAUCUACAGAGCUCUGUCAACGCGGAUCAGUCGCUGGGAACCUUCACUCUGUCAUCCAUCUACGGCAGUCUGAUAUUCAGCAACAUUUUCCUGCCCGUUCUAAUGAUAAGCUGGCUGGGAUGCAAGUGGACGAUAGCCGUGACUUUCGUGGCCUACAUGCCGUUCAUCGGCGCCCAGUUCUAUCCGCGCUUCUACACGAUGAUACCGUCGGGACUGGCGGUGGGACUGGGCGGCGGGCCGCUCUGGUGCGCCAAGUGCACCUAUCUCACCGUGGUGGCCGAGGCCUACGCCAGCGUCUCCAAGCUCGGCGCGGAUGUUCUUGUCACGCGCUUCUUCGGGCUAUUCUUCAUGUUCUACCAGAUGGCACAGGUCUGGGGAAAUCUCAUUUCCUCGGCUGUGUUGUCUUACGGCUUAGAGCCGCCAGAGGAAAAUCCGACUACAGCCAGUGCAAAUUCGAGUAUCAUCAGCCAGUUGUGUGGAGCAAAUUUUUGCGGAAUUACUGAAGCCGUGGAGAAUCCUAACUUGCGACCUCCGCCAGUCGAAAGAAUACACCUGAUUUCCGGUAUUUACUUAGCCUGCAUGGUAGUGGCUUGUCUCAUAGUUGCCUUUGGCGUUGAUUCUUUAUCUCGAUACGACAGAGGACGCAAAGGAUCAGCGGGCGGCAACAGCGGACUUAAGCUUUUGUCGGUCACGCUAAAGCUGCUGGGAGAAAAAAGCCAACUGCUUAUACUGCCGAUAACUAUUUUUAUUGGAGCUGAGCAGGCAUUUUUGUUUGCCGAUUAUAAUGCCGCAUUCGUGUCGUGCGCCUGGGGCAUCAGCAACAUCGGCUACGUUAUGAUAUGCUUCGGCGUGGUGAAUGCCAUCGCCGCGCCGGCCACCGGCUCCGCCGUUAAGCUCACCGGUCGAAUGCCCGUCAUGCUCUUUGCCUUUUUCCUUCACAUGGGAAUCCUCAUAGCGAUGCUGCUGUGGCAGCCCCAGACCCAGCAGGGCGCUUACUUUUUCCUCGUGUCGAGCCUUUGGGGCAUCUGCGAUGCGAUCUGGCUCGUCCAGAUUAACGCUCUCAGUGGACUCCUGUUUCCUGGCAAAGAAGAAUCGGGAUAUUCAAACUUCAAACUGUGGGAAGCAACUGGAUCUGUAAUCACUUACGCUUAUAGCCCUUACUUGUGUACAGAUGUUAAAUUAUAUAUUUUGAUGGGCGUAUUGUGCGUUGGAAUGAUUUGCUAUUUGAUAAUUGAAAUGACUGGACGCGUCAAAAGAGUCGUAACUCAAGACAAACCCGAUUUCGAAAUGAUAGCGCCUGUAGAGCCCGUGGACAAAUUUUAAUGUUUUUAUACAAAGUAUAACAGUAUUAAUCUUUACCGAGGAUAAAAAGAUCAUAAAAAUAAUCGAACGAAGUUCGUGAAGAAGGUAUUCGUAAUGAAAAACAGCUUGUGUAUGUUUAUAUUGAUUUGUACCACAAUAUAUGUUUUUUAUUUUACUUUUGUGGACACCUACUAGAUUUUACACAGGUAUUCGCUUACGCUCUAAAAUUUCUUCGUACAAUUGUUUAUUUUUUUUUUUUUCAAGAUGUUUGAUGUUGUUGUUGUUUGUCACUUUAAAUACGUAAUUGUAAUAUUACAUCGUGCUUAAGCGCUAACAUUCAAUCUAAAGCUACUGCCUUGCUUAGACUCUAGUUGUAUACUCAUGUGCUUAAAUUUUUUCCGACUGUAUGUACCUUUAUUGAAAUGUUUCGAUCAAUCGACUAUUUUUUUCUUUAUUAAAUAAUCCAUUUUUUUGUUAUAUUUCCUCAUUUUCUUCUAAACACGUUUUUUUAUUCUUGUCAAUUAGCUGUCGUUCGCUUGGGUUUCCCUUUUUUUAUUCUUUUUUUUUCGGUGAAAAGAUGAGAUAAAAAUGCUAAUGACGCAUAUGAAAGAACCUGAACUCACGAGUGUUAUCCGACAAUUGUAUAUUGUGUUAUGGUAGGUGUGCGUGUGUGACUCUUUUAUUGAUCUCAAAGAGCAUAAGUCAUUCGUAUGAACAAUAUUAUGACGAUGAACGAUGAGUUUGAAACGUUUGCAUGAUUUCGUGAUUCGCCCAAAGCUGAUUACAUAUAUAAUAUAUAUAAUUAUAAAUAGGUUUGAGUAUAGAUAAUAAACAUCUUGCCUCCCAUAUUGGUUGUUUGUAUCACGAAAUCGCAAACUCUCAGUAUUUCUAUUACUUCAUUUCCUUUUUUAUUUUCUUCAUGAAUAAAAGUUGAAAUGAUUUAUUGUGUGUUGAAUUUAUUACGUGUAUAAAUUAUACAUUACUUUUUAAUA